CCCGUUUCGUACCUCUUCCGGUAGCACCUUACUGCUGGGUAUGAAGAGGUUGUCUGUGCUGCUGGUGGACUGCAGGAAAACAACGGGGCUGAGUGGAACUGUGAGAGGAGGAGAAGAGAAGAAAGGAUCAGAUUUGACUCAUCAAAAAAUUGACCAGGAGAGUGACACAGAAGGAAUGGAUGAGGACUCUGUGAGUGACCAGAGUUUUGAUUCCAGCGCGGAAGAAAUGUUUUUGGAAGGAAAAGAUCCACUUUUAGAUCAUCCCUCCGAUUCUGAUUGGGAGCCCCCACUGCCAAGGUGCCCAUCCCCGACAGGAGCUGGAUCAUCUAGCCGGACCCCUGCUGUCUCCGGCUCCACACCUACCCCCGCCCUGCCAGGUGGGAAGUCUGUGACAAAGAAGUGGAGGUGGGGAAGAGCAAUCAGAGAGGAGGAGGGUCGUUGGCACUCUGUGCUGGAGGAGGAUGUGUUGCCUACACCUCCAGUAUUCAGACCGAAGAGGCCAUCAGGACCUCAGCUGGACAUGACCUCUAAGUACAGCCCCAUGCAACUUUUUCAUCUGUUUUUCACCUCGGCAGUUGUUGAUUCCUUGGUGUCGAACACAAAUAAGUAUGGAGCUAAGAAGCAGGCAGGCAAGAAGGAGGGAUGGAAGCCCAUUUCCAGUGACCCGAAAGUUGAUGAGGACAAUGAGAAGAUGAGAGGCACAGCAAGGUUUGAUAGGCUGUGCAAAAUAAAACCUCUCUACACCAGCAUCGUUGAGGCUUGCAAAACCUAUUUUCAGCCUGCCCAGAACAUUUCCAUCGAUGAGAGGACGGUAGCUUCAAAGGCCAGAAUUGGCCAAAAACACUACAUGCACCUAAGGAAGCGGGAUGUGUGGGCCUGUGGCACCAUUCGGACCAACAGAGUGGGCUUCCCGAAAACAAAGGUGAAUGACAUGCCUAAGCGGGCUGAGCGGGGGACCAUGCGAUGGGUCCGUGAAGAUGGCCUGCUGUUUGUGAAGUGGAUGGACACCAGAGAGGUGGCGAUGUGCUCCACUAUCCACAAGUCCUUCAGUGGCGAUCACGUCAUCAGGCGUGUGAAGGACGCUACUGGGGCAUGGACCACCAAAAAUGUCCCCAUUCCUGCAGCCAUCAAGGACUACAACCAGAGCAUGGGAGGCUUCCAAAAUGGGCAAAAGCGUUGCGCCCUGGGAGGAGUGGGCCCCUAA